AUUAAGUUGGGGAAGCUUUAGGGGUAGGGUUUUAGGAGGUAAUGCGAAGGUAGGGCUUGGAGGCUCAAAGCAUAUCAAGUCCUCACGGUCACCAUGGUGCUCCCCACAAACUGUGUAGAGAAACCGAUCCGAUCUUGUCUGGAAAAAGUCGGCAGGUCGGUCGGAGAGCAUCCGUGGUGGUUCAUCGUCAUCCCGCUCAGUCUGUCUGUAACCCUCGGCGUCGGUUUCUACUUUCUCGAGGACAGGAAGUCUAACGACAUCGUGAAGCAGUUCACGCCACAGGAUGGGCAUGCAAAGAUGGAGAAGCAUUUCUACGAGACCUUUUUUCAAAGCAGCGAUGACGACGAUGACGACGAUGACAACGACGAUGUGUUUUCUGCACUGAGGCUGAUCACUGACGGUACAUACGCGUCCGCAAUUUUCACCCGUGGGAUGAACGCUCUCAGCGAAGAUGCUCUUGCGGAAAUCCUGCGCGUGGACGCCGCCGUGCGGAGCAUGACCGUGGAAUACGACGGACGGGAGUUUUCCUACGAUGAUGUUUGCGCUCGAGUCAACGAGUCCUGUCAAGAGAACGUUCUUCUCAAGGUUUUGGACUACAACGCGAGCAACAUCCACAGGUACAACCUGAGUUUUCCUGUACAUCAUGACGGCACACUCGGCGUCGUUCAUCUAGAACGUUCAGUUGGGCAGGCUGAAGUGGACGGUAAUGGAUUUGUUCAGAGUGCCAAGGCAGUGAGACUCACUUACUACCUACGACAAACUAACAGCAUGCUGGAGAAAGCUUGGUUGAACGACUUUGUGAAUUUGCUGGGCAACAAGUCAACGUACGUGACGCAGGUGUCCUUUUUCACAUCCGUAUCACGGCAACAAGAAUUUGAGAAGAGCACCGAGUCCGUCACACAGCUGUUCUCCAUCACCUACUCUAUUGCCGUUCUGUUUUCAGUGCUGUCGUGUGUAAGGCUUGACAAUGUGAGGAAUAAAGUGUGGGUGGCCUCUCUCGGAGUGAUCUCGACCGGACUAGCCGUGCUUUCCGGCUUUGGCUUACUCUUGCUUAUGGACGUCCCGUUUGUCAUAACCGCGGCAUCUUCUCCAUUCCUGGUACUCGGGAUCGGCAUCGAUGAUAUGUUCAUCGUGAUCUCCUGCUGGCAGAAGACCAACGUCCAAGACAGUGUAGCAGAGCGCAUGGCUGCAACCUACAGAGAAGCAGCCAUCUCAAUCACAAUCACGACCUUGACCGACGUUGUGGCUUUUUACCUCAGUUACAGCAACCCCUUUGGUUCGGUACGGUCCUUCUGCCUAUAUGCUGGAACGGCCAUCUUGUUCUGCUACCUCUAUAACAUCACUUUCUUCGGCGCGUGUCUGGCAUUGAACGGCAAAAGGGAGGAAAGCAAUCGGCAUUGGUUGACGUGCCUGAAAGUUCCAGAAGGACGCCUACCUGGAUCUUCAAAAGCUUAUAUUGCAUGCUGUGUGGGAGGAGCCUACAAGCACGAAACUGGAACUGAAGAGGAACACUUGAUGCAGUUGUUCUUCAGGAAGUACUACGGACCUUUUUUGACCACAGGUCUCGCCAAAGCAACAGUGGUUCUCCUUUACAUCGGCUAUAUUUCCACCAGUAUCUACGGAUGCACUACGAUCAAAGAAGGGAUGGACUUGAAGAACCUGGCGCUGGAUCGAUCGUACGUAGUCAAAUACUACGAAGACGAAAAGACGCACUUUUCCGAGCGCGGUCCAAUCAUCAUGUUGGCGGUCAAUGCUACAUUUCCAUAUUGGGACGAAGUAGAACGACCUCAACUGGAAUCUUGCAUUUUGGAAUUCCGAGGCCUUCCUUUCGUUGGGAACUUGGCCGCCUCUUGGCUUCAUUCUUUUGAGAGUUACGCCAAAGAAAAGCACCUCAACAUCAGCUCAGAAGCUGAAUUUAUGGAACAUCUGCACCCGUUUCUACAGGGACGACCGAUGCUCAGAUCGGACGUCAACGUGACUGACAAGACGAUCCGAGCCUCACGCUUAUUUCUUGAAACGGUUAAUGAUCCAUCGGAGAAGAUCAUGCUAGAAACGUUGAGAAAAACCGCCCAGAACUGCCAAUUCCCAUUAGUGGUUUACCAUCCCGCGUUUAUAUAUUACGAUCAAUAUACCGUGAUUGCAAGCAACACUAUUCAGACCGUUAGCAUAGCUACCGCAGUGAUGCUCGUCAUCUCGCUUAUACUCAUCCCAAGUCCAGUUUGUGCUUUAUGGGUCACUUUUGCCAUCGGAUCCAUCAUCGUAGGAGUCGCAGGCUUCAUGGGGUUGCUAGGUAUCAGCUUGGACUCCAUUUCAAUGAUCAACCUGGUCAUUAGCAUCGGGUUCUCUGUGGAUUUCUCAGCUCAUAUCUCUUACGCGUUUGUAUCCAGUGCUAAGCCUAGCGUGAACGAUAAAGCCGUGGAGGCGCUCGCUCAUCUGGGCUAUCCCAUAUUACAGGGGGCGUGUUCUACGAUUCUCGGCGUGGUAGUGCUCUCUACGUCAGUAAGCUACAUCUUCAGAACCUUCUUCGCCAUCACGUUUCUGGUCAUUGUGUUUGGUUUGCUUCACGGCAUUGCUUUUAUCCCGGUGUUUUUAACCUUUUCUGGAUUUUGCGUCAAGUUUUAAAUCGUUCUGCUUUAUUUAC